CGUGCUAGCUUUGAACUUUAAAUCUAUAAAAAGUAUAAGUUUCUUUAAAGUUGUAGCUCUAUAAUUCUAUAACAUCCAAUAAUUAUUAUGUUUCUCACACUUUCCUUAUUGCUAAUUUUUGUACAACCAUUGGUAGCUGUUGUUCCCCAUGGAGUUACAAUAAAAGAACCAAAAUGCUGGUAUGUGGCAAAUCCGGGACCCUGUCAAGACUUUGUAAAAGUUUGGGGUUACGACUACCUAACAAAUCGUUGCAUUUUCUUCUACUACGGUGGCUGUGGUGGAAAUCCAAAUAGAUUCUAUACAAAGGAAGAGUGCCUAAAUACCUGUCGAGUGCACAGACCUCCAAACCGAAAGAAAAGGGAAAACGAUCCGGAGGAAGAGGAAGAAGAGGAGUUCGAGGAGGAUAUAGACGAUUGGGAUAAUUGGGAGAAAUCCGAGUUAUAAGAAAAGCUUUAAGAAGGGUAUUCAAAAAUCUUCUCAGUCAAGAUGCAAUCUUCUCAAGUUAGCUUUUGAUUCGCUGUGCAAACGCAUAAUUUCAGUUUGAAAGAAAGAACUUCCCGUCGA